UAGAAAUUGCCCAGCGCAAAUUAGUUGCAAAAUGUCGAACAAAACGAAUAAAGUGCAGCUUUCAAAAGCAAUUUUGCAAAUGAAAUUCAUGUCCCGCACGAAAGAAAAGUUUGACAGAGAAGCAGACAAUGCAAAAGGCCGUGCGCUGUAUGCUAGUGAAAUAACGGAUAAAAUGUUGAACGAAGCGUGCAAAUAUGUGAUUGAAACUAGCUACGUACCAUGUGAGGAUCUAAUCGAAGGGCGGAUCAGUUUUGGCGGAAUGAAUCCGGAAAUCGAGCGAAUACUAGAGCAAGAGAGCGGCGCAGAAUCAGCGCAACGUGAGCGUGCCGAGGCAAUCAAGAAUAGCAAAAUGCAAAAGGAUGUACCUGAUGCGGAAAUGGCCCAGUUUUACUCGAGUGUAAUGAAAUCGGUGCACAAGAAGUACGACAGCAACCGGAAGCGACUGCAGCAUCCGUUACCGUUAAACGUAAAACGUUCGAAAUAAAUGUACAA